AUGAAAGACUCGCUUUAUGACCGCCUCUGGCGGCGCGAAUGCGGCAACUUGUCGUCUCAAGCUGGAGUUCGCGACUUUUAUGGUUCGAAAGAGUGGGUCAAUGAUCUGGAUAUCGUGAAUGAGCUCGGUGGACAUACAGGCUGUGUGAAUGCGCUCAGUUGGUCCGGUUCAGGACGACUCUUAGCCUCAGGCUCAGAUGAUCAACACCUGAAUAUCUACUCUUAUCAACCUGAAUCCUCGGAUGCUCCAUUCGCACUCAACACCACCGUUCAAACAGGUCACAAGGCAAAUAUCUUCUCAGUAAAGUUUAUGCCGCACUCAAAUGACGGUACAUUGAUCACAUGUGCGGGCGAUUCGCAAGUCCGCGUCUUCGACAUCGAAUACGCUAGCCGCAAUGCGAACACUGCAGCUACAUCGGCAUUCUCGGCCUCGGCUCGGAGCCGACGCUUCAACAACUUCUUUGAUGGCGCACGGUAUCUCAGCGAAGGGAAUACAAACGCUAGAGUCUAUCAAAGCCACGCCGACCGUGUGAAACGAAUUGUUACUGAAUCCUCACCAUAUCUAUUCCUAACAUGCUCCGAAGACGGCGAGGUACGACAAUGGGAUUUGCGUCAACCGUCGUCGAGUUACCCCACGCCCAAGGGUGGACAGGGGUUCAUGGCCUACAGGCCUGGUCUGCAGCAUGAUGACUCGAAUGUACCGCCACCACUUAUUUCCUACAAGAAAUUCAGUCUAGACCUCAACACCAUUUCAUGUUCUCCCUCGCAACCGCAUUACAUCGCGCUAGGUGGUGCACAUGCGCACUGCUUCCUGCAUGAUCGACGUAUGCUUGGCGGUCGCGAUAUGAUGUCCGAGAGAGGAACACCUUCCGGAACAACUCCAAGUAUCGGUAGCGCGGACGACGAACUCAUGGGGAAAGCGACUCGAUGUGUUCGACGAUUUGCGCCCCGUGGCAAGCGCCGUGUGCGCGAUCUUGACGAUGGACACAUCACCGCUUGUAAAAUCAGCGACGCUAACCCCGACGAGAUGAUAGUCAGUUGGUCCGGAGACCACAUUUACAGCUUUGACCUUAUCCGGAGCUCAGAUGCUCGGGAAACUUCGUCAGAGAGAGAAUGGACGUCAAAAACAGCUAAGAAGGAAUCCAAACGCAAGAUGAGCGAGCGGAAACGCAAACGACCCAAGCCAGCAUCAAGAUCAUCUGAAGGGAGUGAGGGAAGUGGUCAUCGCCAUCAUUCUCGGCGUCGAUCUAAUGAUGCAGACACGCUCAGAGUACAGUUCGAGAAUGGAGAGACGUCCCAUAUUCCCAUUGCAGGAGUCGCAGAGGAAGAAGGAUACCCUUCUGGAAUUCUGGAACGUGCCAGGUAUUCUGUCCUCAACGAGGCACAACGACUCAGUCGAGACAUUGCGAAAGCCCUUGUCAAGAUGCGUCAGUCCUUGUUCUCUCUAGAAGAAACCGUUCAAGAGGCUGCUGAGGGAGAUCCAUACGCUCCUAUGCCAUACACAGCUUCUUUCGCAGCAGCCUUGACGCUAGCAUCUAAACUGCUACCACAGAUGGACGCCGUAAUUCGCGAGUGGAGGUAUCCAAUGAACCCGUCACAAGAAACUGUGGCAUUUCAACAAACCCUCCGCCAUCACCGUCAAGCGUCGUGGAGAUUCGUUCAGGCUGCUGGUACCUUGUCUCUCAUUUUGAAGAACCCAUCAAAUAAUGUUGAAGAAGGGGACCUAGCCUUAUAUCCUGAGUUCCAGAAGAUUAAACCGGCACCAAGCGAGGAUGAAUCAAUUGAACGGGAGGCCCAGUUCGGCUACGACUUUCUCAAGGCUAUCCUGCUCUGGCUACAGGGAGGCAGGCAAGAGCUGCUAUCAGGAUUCAAGCGAGGCUCAUGUCCCAGGAGACAGCGCGGACGAUUUCCUAUCCCAGAGGAAGCCAGCGAGGAAGCGAUUGAAAAAAUUAUCGUUCCCUAUCUCCAUAGUCUAGCGGGAGACAUCCCCAUCGUCAACGUGGAUGUUUCACCUUUCGAACACGACAGCACACGACUACUAUUCCAAACUCAACAUGCGGCGGUAACAGCCUUUAGUAAUGCCGUGAAGCUUCCGCUAGAAAACCUUGGAAACACCGCCGCCCGAAUCGACAAGCGUCGGCUAUCCAACCCCGCUUCUCAGGUUCGAUCUCUUGAUCGUGCUUCUGCCUCCAGAUUCUGGAUCUUGAGAGUAGGCAGAGGCAUAUUGUUGUCAGCCGGCACUGGCGUCAAUUAUUCCUUUGUCAAUCGGGCCUUCGGUGGACUCUUACCAGAGUUAGAUGAAUCAGACAGUGACCUAGAACUGGAUAGAUAUCUUGAAGAAUCCCAACAAGACAUCGACCCAGACGAGCAUGACGAACGGGUUCAAUCAAUCAACCUAGUUAGAGGUGAAGGCUCCACACAAAAACGCAGUUCUCGAACGAAUCAAGAUGCAGAAACAGAACCGAUAGAUGACGAAGACAGAGAAUCUGUUCUACUGUCGGAAUCAUCAGGUUCAGAGAGCGAAGACGAUAUGAGUGAUGAUAACGACUCUGAUGCAGACGAGAGAAAUGGAAUGAAUACCGAUGACCCCGAUAUCUGGGGAGAUAAUAGCGACAGUUCUGAUGCUGGAAUUCCUAUCUCUUUCCGACGCAGGGGAAACAAGUCACUACGAGGAGACGUUGAAAUUGAUACACCUUGUUCAUCCCAUACGAGAGUUUAUCGUGGACACUGCAAUAUUAAAACUGUGAAGGAUGUUAAUUUCUUCGGCUUAAACGACGAAUACGUGGUGAGCGGCAGCGACUCAGGACACGUUUUUAUCUGGGAUAGAAAAACCGCGACACUAGUCAAUAUCCUAGAAGGAGAUAGCGAAGUUGUCAAUGUUAUCCAAGGUCAUCCAUACGAGCCCACAAUGGCUGUUUCCGGCAUCGACAACACCAUCAAGAUCUUCAACCCAGACCAGAACGCCCAAGAGCAAGCCAGAGAAGGAAUUAACAUAUUAGACCCUGAGAACACUGCAAAUCUCCUAGGUGAACCCAUUCGCAAUGUUGGUGGUCUUCAAACUCGGAAACGUCUUCACGACAGUUACCGUAUCAUGUCCCAAAAUGAUGUCGAAAGACGCGGCGGCAUGAGCGAGGCACAUAUCACCAGAAGCAUGCUUGCCCAACUUGCUGCUACCCUCCGAGGCCGUCAGACACUCGGAGGCGAAGUCCAAACACUCGUUUCACCAGAUGAGCGUCCUACCGUUGUGCUCGAUGAUAAUUGCAUGGUGAUGUGA